GCCCGCCCUGUGACUAACUCCGGUGUGUGAGUCACGGCGCGGCCCGUCACGCCGUUCAAUGCCGUGCGCUGACGGACGGCGCCGCUUCCAUCGCUCCCCGAGCCGCCCCGCUCCCAUCCCAUCCCGCGGUACGCGGCCGGCGGGCCGCGCCUGUCACCGUGUCACAUCCUCCCCCCCAGCUCCGCCGCCCCCGGAGCGGCAUGGGAUAGAGCGAAGCCUCCUCGACCGCGGCGCGCUGAUCUCUAAGCUCGAGCGUUCCCCACGAGCCCCUCUGGUGUCCCCGCUGGAAAAGCCCCUCGGUGCCCACAGCGCUCCGCAGCGGCACGAGCGGCACAGUCCCCGGAGCGGAUAUAUGUUGGGGAAAGGAGGAAAGCGGAAGUUUGACGAGCAUGAAGAUGGGCUGGAAGGCAAAGUGGUGUCUCCUACUGACGGUCCCUCUAAGGUGUCAUACACCUUACAGCGUCAGACUAUCUUCAACAUUUCCCUUAUGAAACUUUAUAACCACAGGCCAUUAACCGAGCCAAGCUUGCAAAAGACAGUUUUAAUUAACAACAUGCUGAGGCGAAUCCAGGAAGAACUCAAACAAGAAGGCAGCUUGAGGCCCGUGUUUGUGACCGCGUCGCAGCCCACUGACCCUCUCAGCGACAACUUCCGCGAGGCCCAGCCAGCCUUCAGCCACCUCGCCUCCCCGUCCCUGCUCCCCACUGACUUGGUAAGCACUACAUCCCUGGAGUCCUGCCUCACCCCAGCCUCUUUGCUCGAGGAUGACACUUUUUGCACUUCCCCGACUGUCCAGCACGACGGUCUGACAAAACUACCACCUCCUGCUCUCCAGCCAGUCAAGGACAGCUUCUCCUCAGCCUUGGAUGAAAUCGAGGAGCUCUGUCCCGCACCUACCUCUGCAGAGGCAGUAGCAGUAGCAGCCGAAUCAGCCGCUGGUGACUCUAAAGCCCACCCCUGCGAGUCCAGCGUUCCCAAGCCCGAGGGCGUCGCGGAGAGCAGAAUGGCCGAAUCCAAACUCAUGGAGCCACUCCCUGGCAACUUUGAGAUCACGACUUCCACAGGUUUCCUCACAGACUUGACCCUGGAUGACAUUCUGUUUGCUGACAUUGAUACGUCCAUGUACGAUUUUGACCCCUGCACGUCGGCUGCGGGGGCUGCCUCCAAAAUGGCGCCCGUCUCGGCGGAUGAGCUCCUAAAGACGCUGGCACCGUAUAGCAGUCAGCCAGUAACUCCAAAUCAGCCUUUCAAAAUGGACCUCACAGAACUGGAUCACAUCAUGGAGGUGCUUGUUGGGUCUUAAAGUACAGAAAUAGAGCAGCUCUCUCUCUCUCUCUCUCUCUCUCUUUAUUUUGAUUUCUUUCAUUUUAAGUACCAGUAUAUACACUCGGUAGUAUUUCCGUCGUCCCUCCCACCCAAUUCACAGCACUGUGCAUGCGUCCUUGCUUGCCUUUUUGGAAGAGAAAAGGAUCACACUAGUUUUUGCUUCAAGCAGAGUUGGAGUGCCUUCAUCCACGUACAACCACUUCUAAUGUAUUUUGUUUUUUCCAAGUGGUUCCUCAAGGAAGACCGAAUAUCCCGGUAUCGGAAAGAACAUGGAUUGUAGACAACGUUACAAAGAGAAAAACAAAAUGAAAUUGUACGAGCCAAGCACAAGGAUUAUGUAGGGGAAAGCUGUAAAUUGCAUGUGCACAUUUGUCUAUUUUUUCUAUAAGUUUUAUCGCGAGAGGUUAAAAAAAAAGAAGAAUUAUUUAGAUAAUCUCAGUACCAUUUUAGCCCUGUAGAGGCUGACUUGGCAACUCAGCCUUUUUGGAGGCAUUAACCCGCUCCUCUUUCAGCGUUGCAUUUACACGGCUGUUCAGAAACUGCUGCCCAAAUUUAUUUUCUAUUUUUGUACAGAUUCUGCAGUUUAUGAUAUUGUUUUUUCUAAAAACAAAUGCUGUUUAUACACACGGAAAAAAAAGAAAAAAAGGAAAAAAAAAUAGCUAUUUUGAUAGGAUUUGCUCACAUAGUUCCUGCAUAAUUCAGAUGUACAAGAACCACUUGUACUUUUAUACAGAGUUGUAACGUUUUAUAUGUGUAUGGUGCAAAGAGAAAAUUAGAUCAAAUAAGCCUGCAGUCGGUUUCCCUGAAUGCAAACAAAACAAACCAAGUGCUUUAAGAAAGGGCUGGCAGCCGCUUCUGCGGGAGCCUCGCCAGCGUCCGCUCCCUGCUGUACCCACUGCGCACUACUGUGAUCCCCAAACUCAGAGCCAUGUCUUCAUCCAACGUGUACACGGGGCGCUCGGCAGGGAACAGCUGUGGAACUUCACCCUGCAGUGCCGGCGCUGCUCCCCUUCGCCCCGCGGCUCCAGAGGGGACGGCGCUGCCGCUCCGUGCCAGCAGCCCUGGCAGCACCCGCGGGGCCCUUUCUUGGAGCAUCUCUCCUUCCCUCGCCCCCACCUCACUGUGCUAAGUGCUGAAAAAGGCAACUUCAGUAUUACUGCAGUGAAGUUCAUCUCUUACCUGCACUGGAUGGACUUGCUUUUGUAUCCAUUGCUGUUGAAACUGGAGCCAGUCGUGUUACAUCGCUCGGCAUCUCGUAUAGGGUUGGUUUCUCGUAUCGACUGCGUUACCUGCUUUACACUUUAUAGACCUGUUUUACAACAAAUAUACAGACACAGCUUUCUAUGCAUGGUUCUCCCCCCCCCUACACACACACCCUCCCCAUUAACACCUGACAAGUCUUCUCAUUACGGCACCGAUAGCAUUUUUUGAGUUUGUUGUGGUGUACCUUUAAUUUAAAGACAAAAUGUUUGCAACGUAUCAUGCCUGUUGCUGAAGUCGCUGUGGCAUCUUAGCUUCCCGAUGGUACUUUAGCUGUUGAGCGCCGGUUACAACCUAUAUUGUUGACAUGCCUAUGGCUUCUUUAGGAAUAACUUUUAUAUUUAUUUAAGAAGUUUUAAAUUAUGUUGUACGUCAUUUGGCAAUAUUCAGUCAGCUCUGCUCCCUUCUUGUCAUGGAUGAAAUUGGGUCUCGCUCGCCUCGGAAGGAGGCAGCUUUCUAUGAAUUGGCACUUUAAACCAGGCCAUGUGUAUUUAUUAGAGUAGAGAUAGAUAGAUGGAACGUAGAUCUGCACGCAGACGGAGCGCAGAAGCAAACACAUUUUGCAAUGAAGGAACUCUUGAUGGAAACAAAAGGCACCACUUCCAAUCACAAACUGCUUCUGCAUUCCUUUGUCCUGCAGAGUGGGGCUGGGGGCAGCUGGCCUAAGGAGGAAUGGGGGGGUGGAGGGGAAGGUUUCGUUCCUUUAUUUCCAAACCAAACUCAGUGAUGCUGAAUCCAACAGACUUGACACGUAGGUGACUGUUUCCACCACAAGCACUGACCACACACAGCACAGGGACCAUGGCAGCAGGAGGGCCCUUGCUCGGCCACAGCCCCCCAUAGCAGCUCAGCCCCUCUCUGGGCAAAGCAGCGGUGCCCAUGAGGCACACUGCACCAUCAGCCAUCUCACACUGUAACUCGCCCUGUGCUCACAUCACCGCAGUGAAAAAAACCAAUUGGGAGCAUGCUGGAGCUGCCCUUGUUUUUGGGGGUUAUUUACACAGUCAAACAAAUGCCAUAUGUUAGGCAGAAGUUCACAUCAAUGCUAUUUUGGGAGCGCUGUGCCGCUGCUCAGGCGCAGCUCACUGCAGUUUUGUGCUCACAGAACAGGGGACAAGCACCAAUUACAGCUCCCCACGCACAAGGCAGUGCUGCAGCCCAGGUCCCAACAAGCAGGAGCCCUAUGCCAGGCAUGGAGAGUGACAUUAAUGUGCAAUGAAGUGACAAGAGGGGAGCAGAAUAAAAGAGCUUUGGAUUUGAAGUUAUUAUUAUUUUUUUUCCCUUAAAUUAUUUAUUCUUUUUUUUUUUUUUUUUCCUUCUUCCUUCUGUAAAUAUAUUUAUUUUAUUGUGAAGCUAACAACAUCUGGAUUGUAACAUGUACAGAAUGUAUGGUAGGAAUGUAUUCUCUCGUAGGAAUGUAAAUCUGUAUGAACAAGGGUAUGGGAGCCAGACUUAGAGCAAACCAGUCGAGUUCCAGGCAGAACAGGGAUGGGUCACAGGCUGUUUUUUCCCUCCCCCUCCCUCUUUCUAAUACGGGUCCGGUUGCUGGAAACCUGCAAAGAAAAAAAUCACGGUAAGAAUCAAUUUGGACCUGAGGUAUUUUUUUAUCCCAUUCCCCCCCCCCCACUGCUGAGUGAUAACAGCCUGGGUUGUUUAGCACCAACGUGAUGAAGGCACAGUGACUGUUACGACAGUUACACAGAGCGAGCAGCCCUGGCCCAUCCGACAGGCAUUCGCUGCCCUGGCACACAGUGAGCUGCGCUGGGGCAGCUGCUUGGGUUCCCCCCCCCCCCCUCAAGGUUUUGGGUUUCUGCUGUGCAAGUUGCUUUCAGUGCUUCUGUUCAUUAACAAGACCAAUACGUUCGGGUUUCAUAUAUAUAUAUAUAUAUAUAUAUAUAUAUAUAUAUAUAUAUAUAAAAUAUAUAUAUAUUUUUGGGGGGGGGGGUUGUUUCUUUCUAAGCACUUUUUCUUUUCCUGAACCUGAUGCGAUUCCGGAUCCUCUUUACGAUCCAAUUGCUGAUAGAACCCACCUUCAACUCCCACCUCGUGUCAUUGCAUACAGGCAUCCGUAAAGGCCAAGAUUCUGGAAUAGGUGUAAAUAGUGUGACAUGUUUCAGUGCAUGGCUGUUUGAACAGGGCUUGUUCUUGUCGAAAAACAAACAAACAAACAAAAAAAAAAAAAAAGAAGAAAAAAAAAAGAGAAAAAAAAAGGCUGAACUUCCCCGUUUCCCCUCCCCCAGACCUUAGAGCUGUGCCUUUUCUAUGCAAUAUUACAGACAUAUACAUAUGAAACCAGAUUACUGUAUUCACAUGUAGGUAUGGGCUGUAAUCGAAAACAAUUGGACAAAUGUACAUGGAAAUGAGCAGUCUUACUUUUGUAGUUUUAUAUUAUACAAUAAACGAUUAAAAUAAAA